GGAAACAGUCCUUCAGCCAAUAUCGCGAAAGCAUCAUUUUUUGACUGCCUAAUGGAUAUGGCUGGUCACCUUGGAGGAAGUAGAGCGGGGUCCCUGAGCUUAGAAGGUGCUCCAUUGAUGGGAGAAUGCGAACAUGAGGCACUAUUGAAUUUACCAGAAGAGGGGUCCCUUUUUUCUUUGGCUAGAAGGAGCACGAAAAGAAACCGGUCAUUCAGGAGCAGAAAGGUGAUGGAUAUACAGGAUAUUAUUGGAUCUCGUCGAGGAUCUUGUGAUAGUAUAGGAGAUCAAAGCCUCUUGAGGCCUGUAGGUUUCAUCAAUCGCCACUGCAGCCCCACUCAUGGACAAAAUUCUCCAUCGCUCCAUAGAAGUCCUUCUCCUCGAAGACGAUUCCCUCCACAGCAACUUCACCACGAUAUAGGAUUUUCUGAUACUGUAUCAAAUGUUGUUGAGAUAGUGAAACAUGAACAUCAGAGGGCAUCACAAAGAAGUAGAUUUCCUAGGGGUUCUUGGUCUGCUUCAACAAGCCCUGCACGAUCACCUUCACCUACAGGUGGACGUCAUAUUCCCAAGUACGGCUCUGUAAUUACUUCCAGAAAAGUGGAUCAUGGAACAACCAGCUUGUGUCAGAGAUCGAGGUCCCCCAGUCCAACACAUCAAUCAGUGCCACAUCAACAAGGACCACCUUUGAUAG